GCUAUGUGGCCAGGAGCCGCGUGUCCGAGCAGUGUAUGGGGGAAUCGAAACCGUCAACAGCUGCCAGGUGCUGAACGACUCCCUCAUGCUGUGCCAGGCGCCCGGCAUCCUGUCGGGGGGGCCUCCCCUGCCCGCGGGGGGGGCCUCCCCUGAUGAGUUUGGCUCUUUGCUGGACCAUGUGCAGGCGGCACGAACCCUCAACCACUCAGCCUUCACCUACUACCCUGACCCCCAGGUGGAGCCCUUCAGCCCCACCGGCGUCUUGGAGGUGAAACCCGGCUCCCAUGUCGUCCUCAAGGGCAGGAAUCUGAUCCCGGCGGCAGCUGGGGGGGCCCGUCUGAACUACACGGUGCUCAUCGGGAGCGAGCCCUGUGCACUGACUGUGUCGGAGACACAGCUGCUUUGCGACUCUCCCCGCCAGACUGGGGAGCAGCCAGUCACGAUCCUGGUGGGGGGCCUUUCCUUCAUGCCUGGCACCUUGCACAUCUACCGCGAGGCAGCCCUGCCGCUGGGGGCACUGGCAGGGCUGGGCGCCGGGGGCUCCUUGCUGCUGCUGGCCAUUAUCGGGGUGCUAGUCGCCUACAAGCGCAAGACGCGCGAUGCGGACCGGACUCUCAAGCGGCUGCAGCGGCAGAGCGGCUGCAGCUGCAGAUGGACAAUCUGGACCUUCGCAGAGUUGCAGACUGACAUUAACGAGCUGACUAGCAACCUGGCGGGGGUGAAGAUCCCGUUCCUGGACUACCGGACAUACGCCCUCCGGGUGCUCUUCCCCGUCCAGCUGCCCCCCCUGCUGUGCCAGGCCCACACUCCCACUUGA